AUGAGAGCGGCGCUCCGCACAUCGUUGCGGGCAUCGGAAUUUGACCCUGCGGUGGUCUUGAGAUCCAAGGCGAAUACAUCGAAGCGCGAUUAUGCCUCUCAGUCCCUUCACAGAUUUGCUUCAAGUACGAUAAGCCCGGGCACUGCGAUAUCUCGACGCCUCCUCCGCAGACCGUCGUCGCUUCGCGCGUUCUCGACACCGAGGACCUUUUCUACAAAGACACCUUACUUGGCCGAGGGGGCAAGUUCCGGACAAUCUGGAUCUAAGCAUUCGCGGAGGAGCGUCCUAAAAUAUGCGGUUAUCGUCGGUGCAGCUGGUGCUGCGGCGGUGACUUUCUCGGAUGAUGCACAACAUCUGUAUCGCGCGGCGCAGCGAACGGGACGAGUCGUCGGGACGUUGGCAGUUUGUAUCAACGACUACCGAGUCACACUCAAGCAAGAGCAUGCAACCCCAGAGGAACGACAACAGUCCCUCCGAGCGUGUCACAAGCGUUGCGCCGAACGCACCCUACGCGUCCUCGAGAAGAAUGGGUCGAUCUUCAUCAAGCUGGGUCAACACCUUAGCAGUAUGAGCUAUCUGCUUCCGCUGGAAUGGACAACGACCUUCAUCCCGCUCCAGGACCGAUGCCCCGUUUCGUCGAUCGAGUCUAUUGAGCAAAUGUUCGUCACCGACACGGGCCGUCGCAUCGACGAACUCUUUUCAAACUUCGAACCACUGCCAAUCGGCGCUGCAUCCCUCGCCCAGGUCCACAUCGGCACGCUGGGGGAGACAGGCCAGAAGGUCGCUGUGAAAGUGCAGCAUCCUGCGCUGGCGGAGUGGGUGCCCCUGGACUUGGCUCUGACAAGGUUCACCUUCUCCAUGCUGAAGCGGUUCUUUCCGGAAUAUGAUCUGGAGUGGCUGUCAAAAGAGAUGGAUUUCUCCCUCCCCCAGGAACUGGAUUUCCGUAUGGAGGCGGAGAAUGCCACGCGGGCCAGUGAGUACUUCAAGACACACUCAGAUGCACCAUUGGUCAUUCCAGAAGUCAUGUGGGCCCAGAAGCGCAUCAUGGUGAUGGAGUUUCUGUCUGGCCAUCGUCCAGACGAUCUUGAAUACCUAGACGCCAACAACAUCGACCGCGACGAAGUUUCCGCUGCAUUCGCGCACAUCUUCAACGAGAUGAUCUUUGGCGACAACGCCCCCUUGCAUUGUGACCCGCACGGCGGCAACAUCGCCAUUCGCAAGAACCCGAACCGGCGCCGCCAGAACUUUGACAUCAUCCUCUACGACCACGGUCUGUAUCGCGAUAUCCCCCGCGAACUGCGCCGCAACUACGCCAAGCUCUGGCUGGCGGUCAUCGAAGCGGAUAUCCCGCGGAUGCGCGAGUACGCGCACAAAGUGGCGGGCAUCACCGACGAGCAGUUCCCGCUCUUUGCCAGCGCGAUCACCGGGCGCGAUUACACCGUGCUCGCCAACAAGGCCGUGGCGUCGUCGCGCACCGCCGCGGAAAAGGAAAACAUCUCCGGCGCACUCGGUGAGGGUAUGCUGCAGCAGCUCGUCGAGCUUCUGGGCAAGGUUCCCCCGAUCAUCCUCUUGAUUCUCAAGACGAACGAUCUAACCCGCAGCCUCGACGAAAACCUACACACCCGCCAGGGCCCCCUACGCACCUUCCUGAUCCUCGCGCGCUACGCCACGCGCACCGUCUUCGAGGAGAAAAUAGACAACAUCAUCGAGACGGGCGGGUUCCUGCGCCCGCUCAAUAUCCUGCGGUUCCUGUGGGCCUGGACGGGCUAUCUGCGGGUGGAGCUGAAACUCUCCGUGUACGAGACCCUACUGUCUCUGAAGAGUCGGCUUGGGUUGGUUGAGUAG